CCUACGACGCCCCGGGGCUUCUUGUUCGAUCAAUUGCCUGAGGUCCGUCCAUUUACAGUUCACGGCGCCCACCAUCGCCCCAUCACAGCAUUUCCUCCUUCCACCUCCCCCUCUCUCACCCUUUCCACCAGAGCAUACCGUCAAAACCAACCUUUUGUUAUUCUCUCACCUUCACCCCUUCCCCCCCAUCCAGCUUCCAGACGUGAGGCUGCUUGAGAAAGUCUUAGAUUCCGUCACUGUAGCUGGCGGCAGAGAGCGCUUUGGUCGCUCUUCUCUUAAAUAGUACUAAACCAUCGGUGAGUGAGUCCUGCCGUCAUCGGCUGAAACAUCUGGUCCGCCAAACCCAUGCCGCACCACGCCGCCUCCGCCUCCUCCUCGACUUCCUCCAACCUGCAACCUGCAUCCUCCUUCCUGCCUCCCCUCUUACUUCCUCUCAAAAGACUGACCAGCAACCUCAAAGCCGAGCAGAGUCUCAAAAAAGAAUAGAAAAACCGCGACAAUGGCGAGCUCAGCAUCCCACCUGGAUUUGCUGGUCGGCCUCAAAGUGAACAUAGCUGGCAGCACUCGCCGUUUCAAGCUCCCACUCCGAGAUCUUAGUCCGACCCUUUUUGAGGACAGGCUCCGAAACGUCUUGGGCAUCCCCCAGGGCACCGAGUGCAUCAUCGAGAGAUACUCCGACUCUGCUGCCACAUAUGUCGUCCUCGACCCGAACAACAUCUCUGUCUACAAGCAACUCUAUCGAGCUGCCAAGGCGAAGCAGAAGCUUAAGCUCCGCAUUACCACCAAGGACAAGAGCCAAGAAGAGAAAAAAGGCCCACUGCCAGCCUCAGUCGAAGACGAGCCCGAGUCGCCAGCACCUGCCCAGCCCAAGGAUACCGGCAAGGCUGACAAGGUUGACAAGGCCGGCAAGCCUGUCUUCUUGCCAACCUCGUCCACGGCUCCAUCUCAGCAGCCGUCAGUUCAGCCUCUGCCAGUGCAAUGCGGCCCCGCUGAUAACGCCAUACUGCCCAGAUCCAUCCCAUCGAUUGAGCAUGAUCACAAGCAGAUAGAAGAGCGUCUCGAGGCGAUCAGGGCUUCCAUUGCCGCUCUGCGGUACAAGCCUGCUGACCGGCCCUCCCUUGAGACUCUUGUCGAGCCCAAGAAGAUGUGCGAGGUCCCCGCCGUCCCAGCCGUGUGCCAGAAACCCGCCCCAGCUGUUGCUCCAGCUGUGCCUUGCCCCCCCUAUGCGGUGUGCUGCAACAGCUGUGACAAGACCAUCCCUGAUGCCCACUAUCACUGCUCGACCUGUGAUGAUGGCGACUUCGACCUCUGCCAGGACUGUAUUGACCGGGGCAUCACCUGCUACAGCCCCGACCACUGGCUUCUCAAGCGAUUCGUGAGGAACGGAGUUGUCGUCAACAGCACCACUGAAACAAUCUCUCCCAAGCCAAAGGUCCCCAAGCCUUGCUGGGAGGAGGAGGAGCGGCCUGUUCCCCUUCGCUCGGCCGAGAGACUGGUGCCAGUGCCAGCACUGGAGACCCUCCUGUGCCACAACAUGCGCACCUGCAACUCAUGUGUGCGGGAGUUGCCCGACCACGAUUUUGUCCACUGCACUGCUUGUGAGGAUUUUGAUCUCUGCAAGGGCUGCUUCGGCAAGAACCAGCAUGGACACGAUCCCAAGCACGGCUUCGUCGUCGUUGUCGAGGGUCACCCCCUGGUGCCCGCAGUCAGCCAGCGCCUAGCGCCCGGCCGCAACCAGGUGCACAAAGCCAUCUGUGAUGGCUGUAACAGGGAGGUUCGGGGCGUCCGCCACAAGUGUCUCGACUGCCCAGACUGGGAUUACUGCUCGAGGUGUGUGGUAGAUGCCUCAUUCAUACACCCCAACCACCGGUUCGUCCCCAUCUACGAACCUCUGCAGCCCGGUCCUAGCAUCUUCAGCCUGGCCAGGCAUGCCGGCAUCUACUGCGAUGGCCCUCUCUGCAACUCUGGCCCUUCUUCCCAUCCCGGCGUGGACUACAUUAUUGGCGACCGUUACAAGUGCGCCGUUUGCUUCGACACCGAUUUCUGUGCCGGCUGCGAGGCCAGCCCUGCCAACACGCACAACAAGACUCACCCCCUGAUCAAGUUCAAGACCCCGGUCAAGGAGGUCACCGUCACCACCACCGGCAAGCACAAGGAUGGCCAGCCGAUGCCUACCAUGGGUGACCACUUCCCGUGCCACCAGGCGACUACAAGCUCUCGCGCCACCGGGACCAAUAUGCAGCACCAGGAGAUCGUCCAGACUAAUGUCGUCACCGUUGCUGACAUGCAACCGUCUGAGCCGGCCACACCUGUUGUGGCCAAGCGGGAGGAGAUCAAGCAAGAGCAGCCCGAGUCCGAGGCUACCGAGGAGGCCACUGAGAAGGCUGUUGAGAAGGCUACUCUCUGUGAGAAGGAUCUAGUUGCCGCGUACGAGAGCGAUACCGUUGCCGACGGCACCGUCUUGCCACCCAAUCACGUCUUUGAGCAGACCUGGGUCAUCCGCAACAAGGGCGAUGUCCCGUUCCCGCCAGGUUGCUCUGCCAAGUUUGUCGGCGGCGACUACAUGGGCCAUGUGGACCCCAACCACCCCGCAGAUACUCGAGAGCUCCGCUCUGCUUCCGAGUCCACCGUCUGCACCGAGGGCCUCCCCUCUAACCAGGCAUUCUCGUUCACUGUGGCCCUUCGCACCCCGGCUCGGCCAGGGAGGGUCAUCUCCUACUGGCGACUGACCACCAGCGAUGGCAUCAAGUUUGGUCCCCGGCUUUGGUGCGACGUCAGCGUCCAGGCCCCCGAGGUCAAGGUAGAGCAGGUGGAGGACGUUGCGAAAGAGACCCCUCUCCCAGUGGCCGAGGCCGAGCCAAGUGAGCCUGCGACCAAGGAGAGCCAGAUGAUCUUCCCCAAGCUUGAGAAGGAAUCCCCCAGCGCCAGCACCUACGAGGACCACAAGGCCGCGGCAGUCCCAACUUACGAGGAGGAUUACGAUCAGUGCGACGAGCAUGGCGAGUGGGCUGAAGGCGAGUCCGACGAAGGUCUGCUGACCGAUGAGGAGUAUGACAUCCUUGAUGCCUCGGAUGAAGAGUAUCUCGAGGACCAGGAGAAGCUUCGCAAGAAGUAGGAGGCGUGCGCAACUUCCAACUUCCUAAAAACCCAACUGGCGUACGGCAUUACACGGGUUUUCCACCCCUGAACAUGAGGUGUCAUAGGAUAUGGCAAGGGGCCGGGUCGUCAUCACGGGCAAGUCCCAUAUGCUAGCUGUAUUGGCUGUAGUUCUUCCCCUCUCCUUUGGGCUCUGGGUUUCUUUCCUUCCUAGCUACUGGCUGGUUCACGAACAUCUUGCUUUGCAACGUCUUUUUUUUCCGAAUUGGUCUCGGCGAUCAUCGGAGUUGAUCUCCGCAAUCUAGCAUGCGGAAGGCAGAACUAUCCGAGUUGCGCACCACACGUCCGUCCCACCCGGCCACAAAUUGUCAGAUUGAGUCUAGUUAGGUCCUAGGUUAGGGAAUCGUUCUUUGCGAGGUUGUCACCA